AUGGAACAGGAACGUCCCCCCACAGCCCACCACACCGCUCCUCACAGUCCCCCCACAGCCCACCACACCGCUCCUCACAGUCCCCCCACAGCCCACCACACCGCUCCUCACAGUCCCCCCACAGCCCACCACACCGCUCCUCACAGUCCCCCCACAGUCCACCACACCGCUCCUUACAGUCCCCACACAGCCCACCACACCCACCGUUCCACAGUCCCCCCACAGCCCACCACACCGCUCCUCACAGUCCCCCCACAGCCCACCACACCGCUCCUUACAGUCCCCACACAGCCCACCACACCCACCGUUCCUCACAGUCCCCCCACAGCCCACCACACCGGUCUUCACAGUCGUCCCAGAGCCCACCACACCGCUCCUCACAGUCCCCCCACAGCCCACCACACCGAUCCUCACAGUCCCCCCACAGCCCACCACACCGCUCCUCACAGUCGUCCCACAGCCCACCACACCGCUCCUCACAGUCCCCCCACAGCCCACCACACCGCUCCUCACAGUCCCCCUACAGCCCACCACACCGCUCCUCACAGUCCCCCCACAGCCCACCACACCGCUCCUCACAGUCGUCCCACAGCCCACCACACCGCUCCUCACAGUUGUCCCACAGCCCACCACACCGGUCCUCACAGUCGUUCCACAGCCCACCACACCGCUCCUCACAGUCCCCCCACAGCCCACCACACCGCUCCUCACAGUCCCCCCACAGCCCACCACACCGCUCCUCACAGUCCCCCCACAGCCCACCACACCGCUCCUCACAGUCGUCCCACAGCCCACCACACCGCUCCUCACAGUCGUCCCACAGCCCACCACACCGCUCCUCACAGUCGUCCCACAGCCCACCACACCGCUCCUCACAGUCCCCCCACAGCCCACCACACCGCUCCUCACAGUCGUCCCACAGCCCACCACACCGCUCCUCAGAGUCCCCCCACACCGCUCCUCACAGUCCCCCCACAGCCCACCACACCGCUCCUCACAGUCCCCCCACAGCUCACCACACCGCUCCUCACAGUCGUCCCACAGCCCACCACACCGCUCCUCACAGUCCCCCCCACAGCCCACCACACCGCUCCUCACAGUCCCCCCACAGCCCACCACACCGCUCCUCAGAGUCCCCCCAUAGCCCACCACACCGGUCCUCACAGUCGUCCCACAGCCCACCACACCGCUCCUCACAGUCGUCCCACAGCCCACCACACCGCUCCUCACAGUCCCCCCACAGCCCACCACACCGCUCCUCACAGUCCCCCCCACAGCCCACCACACCGCUCCUCACAGUCCCCCCACAGCCCACCACACCGCUCCUCACAGUCGUCCCACAGCCCACCACACCGCUCCUCACAGUCGUCCCACAGCCCACCACACCGCUCCUCACAGUCCUCCCACAGCCCACCACACCGCUCCUCACAGUCCCCCCACAGCCCACCACACCGUUCCUCACAGUCCCCCCACAGCCCACCACACCGGUCUUCACAGUCGUCCCAGAGCCCACCACACCGCUCCUCACAGUCCCCCCACAGCCCACCACACCGCUCCUCACAGUCCCCCCACAGCCCACCACACCGCUCCUCACAGUCGUCCCACAGCCCACCACACCGCUCCUCACAGUCGUCCCACAGCCCACCACACCGCUCCUCACAGUCCUCCCACAGCCCACCACACCGCUCCUCACAGUCCUCCCACAGCCCACCACACCGCUCCUCACAGUCCCCCCACAGCCCACCACACCGCUCCUCACAGUCCCCCCACAGCCCACCACACCGCUCCUCACAGUCCCCCUACAGCCCACCACACCGCUCCUCACAGUCCCCCCACAGCCCACCACACCGCUCCUCACAGUCGUCCCACAGCCCACCACACCGCUCCUCACAGUCGUCCCACAGCCCACCACACCGCUCCUCACAGUCGUCCCACAGCCCACCACACCGCUCCUCACAGUCGUCCCACAGCCCACCACACCGCUCCUCACAGUCCCCCCACAGCCCACCACACCGCUCCUCACAGUCCCCCCACAGCCCACCACACCGCUCCUCACAGUCGUCCCACAGCCCACCACACCGCUCCUCACAGUCGUCCCACAGCCCACCACACCGCUCCUCACAGUCGUCCCACAGCCCACCACACCGCUCCUCACAGUCGUCCCACAGCCCACCACACCGCUCCUCACAGUCGUCCCACAGCCCACCACACCGCUCCUCACAGUCGUCCCACAGCCCACCACACCGCUCCUCACAGUCGUCCCACAGCCCACCACACCGCUCCUCACAGUCGUCCCACAGCCCACCACACCGGUCCUCACAGUCCCCCCACAGCCCACCACACCGCUCCUCACAGUUCCCCCACAGCCCACCACACCGCUCCUCACAGUCCCCCCACAGCCCACCACACCACUCCUCACAGUCCCCCACAGCCCCCUAUAAAGCUCCUUUCAGCCCCCCAUACUGCUCCAGUGCUCCUCUGAGCCCCCAUAUCUCUCCCCCUAGCCCUCAGAGCUCCCGCCGCUCGCAGCCAUUCACUGCCUCAUCACAUGCUCAGUGUGUCUUCAUCUCUGCUCUGCUCCAGGGACGCAUCCGACCAGACCACAGCAGAGCUGGCUGUUUGUGGAUGAACUCGUACUGGGAGAUGAACAUGGUGAUCUAG